CUUGUCUGUCUGGGAGGCCUUGGUGAUGUCAGGGGAAUCUGGGAGGACAAAGAACUGCCCUCAAAGGAAUGCUGUGGUCACCCAAGUUCCAGGUAGCAUGGAAAGGCAAGGUAGGAAUCCGGAUGAAGAAAGGGAGAUGAAGGGGUUGGUAGCCCUAAAAACCUAGCAGAAAAUUGGUUCCUAAAUCAAAGCAUCUGGAAGAAGCCACACCAUGUUUUCCCAGAGCUGAGGCCAUUCUUCAUCCUUCAGAUCUGAGAAUCAGCUUCUAAGACGCUGCACAUGAGAACUUGCUUCUUUGCUCCUGUGGUCCUUCAGUGACUUGAAGAUACUUUAUCAAAUGUAAAAGCAACAGAUGGAUUAGUCGUGAGAAUACAAAGAAUGAAAACGCAUCAACAGCACUUGGCCCUUGGGGGCCAAAGUGACUACACGCCAUGUAGCCGAGUCCAGCAAUGCCCUGAUUAAAAUCCAAUCUGGAUUUUCAGCCAAAUAUCAGCAAAUAUUUCAAAUAAUGAACGUCCAGUCAUUAUCCCCCCUCCUGGUUCACCCUUGGACGGUUCCUCAUUCUAUUUCUCCUCCCUGGUCUUCAAGAAGAUGUCCCCACCCCACCACAAACAAGACAGGAGCAUGUUGUCCUCUGAGAGGCUCAACCCAGCAGCUGACUAAAACAGAUACAGACACCCACAGCCAAACAGUGGAUGGAGCUUGGGGACUCUUAUGGAAGAAUCCAAGGAAGGAUUGCAGAUCCCCAAAGGGAUCAGUGCAGUCGUUGCUCUUCAUCAAGGAACCUUCUCUUUGGAACAUAGAGGCUACAAACAAAAACAUGCAGAAAUGUGGAGCCCAAUCCCAAAGGAUUCAACUCCUGCAUCUAAGGUUCAGGGGUCUUUUCAGAAGAGGGUGUGGAGUGACUUUGUGGCCCAGGAAUGUGAGAAACUGCUAUAAAGUCUCACCAGCAUGGUGGCCUAGACGUGCCCUGAGCAAGGACAACAGCUGUAUAUACAUGUGUCAUGUGGAUUGGGUGCAGGUACCUGUGAAGUCCAGAAAGAAGUCUUCAGAUCCUCUGGAAAUGGAGUUUCAGGCAGUUGUGAGCCACUUGACAAAGAUGCUGGGAACUGAACUCAGGCCUCUGCAAGAGAUCUAAGAAAUCUUAGCUGCUGAGCCAUCUCUCCAGCCCCUACAUAUCAGCUGUUAAGCAGUGGUAUUUUUCAAACAGAGAUUCUGGAAAGGAACUAGUACUGUAGAAUUUCCUUAAGACUGUUGAUAAUAAAUGAGAAGAGUACAACGCUAA